AGGAGGAGGAGGCUUCAGCAGCCAUGCGGAGGGUCAGCAGCAGCCUCAGCAGCGAUGAUCUCCUGGAGGAUCUGGAGACAGAAGGAGAGAGGCAGCUGAAGAGCCUCCUGCACCAUCAGCUUGACACGUCCGUCUCCAUCGAGCAAUGUGUGUCCAAGCGGCGCUGCUUUGCCCCUGCGGCUGUAUACAAGCCCUUUGGGGAGGAGGCCGCCGGGACUCGCAGCUUGCCGCAGUUCCAGGCUCUGCAGGAGAGCAGCAAAGAGACAGCCUCCCUCCGGGAGCUGGGCCUCUCGGAUGCCGAGAUCCAUCUCUGGAAGAACCGGGCCUUGGCAGAGAAGGGUUCCGGCCUUGGAGCUGCACCCGAGGCAACCCAGGACAGGAUCCAAGCCAUCCAAGAGAAGAUUGCCGAGCGCCAGCGCAUCCUCUGCCUGCCACAGCGCUUUGCAGGCAGCAAACAGCUGAGCCGGCGCGAGAUGGAGAUCGAGAAGGCGCUCUUCCAGGGCACGGAUCGCCACUCCUUCCUGAGGAUGCUCUAUCACCAAGACGACGCUGCGCCAAAGGCAGCCCACGAGAGGGACCCGAUGGCUCACCUGGAAACCGUUUAUCAAGAGCUGCUGAGCCCAGAGAUGCCGGCGUCCUACCUGUCUCCUGAAGGUGACCCUGGCUCACCAUGCUCUGUGGCCCCUAGCGGCAGCAGCUCCCCAGCAGCUCAGGGCUCGGCCCAUCAGCCUCCUUCGGGGCCUGUGAUGGUGACGGAGCCGGUGGAGUUUGUCCCGGAAGAGGAGAUUCACGAGAACCGCCUCUCGGAGGAAGAGAUCCGCAAGAUCCCCAGGUUUUCCUCCUACAGCCCCGGGGAGCCAAGCGAGGUGCUGUACUUGAAGAACCUCAGCCGGCGCGUGACCGUGCAGGACCUGCUGGCCUUGUUUGCCAGGUUCCAGGAGCAGGACGGCCCCCGGAUCCGCUUCCGCCUGCUGAGCGGGCGCAUGAGAGGCCAAGCCUUCCUCACCUUUCCCUGCAUCUCGAUGGCUCAGGCAGCCCUGAAACUGGCCAACGGGUUCAACUUGCUGGGGAAGCCGCUUGUGAUCGAGUUCGGGAGAAGCAAGAUGCCGGCCGCUGGACCCGGCGCCGAGCCCGCAGCAGGUCCUGGGACCUCCGAAGCGUUGUAGGCAGCAAACGGCCUUCAGGACCUCACACGGAUCUACAGGGCGACUCCACCGUCCUUGUCCUGUAGGAGCCAGACUUGGGGAAGACCCUGUCACCUGCUGGGGACAGAAAUCUGGGCGCAAAGGGAGCCAUGCCUUGAAGCCAGAGAAGGAAGGAGAGUUAGGAGUUGUUUUCGGAGGCAGAUCCCCCCACCCCUGGGUGAAAGGGUAAAGAGGAAGAAACAACUCUCCUGCUAGAUUGUGCUGGCCAGUAAUAACCGCUCCUGCAGGGAGGGUUUGUUUUCAAUGGAUUUGCAAGAAGAGAUGUGGAGGCCACCCUGGUCGCCACCCUCCCUCCUGAGCCCUGGGGCUGCUUAUCCCUCUGCUCUGUGGAUGAUGGUUGUCGGUGUCUCUUGACCACAACCUCUUCAUGCAGCUCGCUUGCUGGAUGCUGUGUUGUUUACAUCCCUUCAAGAUAAUCCCCCCCACACACCCACACACCCAGUGUUUUGAGCAAUGUAUUUCUCAAAAACCUCAUGUUUCCCUCCCCUGCAGAUCUCAAUUUCCAACGUUGCCUCUUUGCAAAGCGAUCAUAGCCAUCCCUUGCAGCCCCACUCAAUCCCAGAACCAGUUUUGUAAGGCAGGGGGGUUCCAGACAUAGAGGGAGGGUCUUGACUCUGCCUUGCCCGCGUGGCUGGGCCGUGGCAGGGGUGUGCCACCAAUGCCUUCCCACCAAACGGCCUUCGCAUUUUGAAGGGGUCGUUUUCGUAUUGCCUGAUGAAUGUCCUCCAAGGCCUUUUUGGGUAUUUGUACACAUCUCUGGGGCAUCUCUCUCUCUGAGUGUGGAGUUCCAGCUCAGGGCACCUGCUUUAAAUGGAACACAUCAGAAAUGUAAAAAUAAACCUGACUGAGGCUAA